CUCUCUUCUUGUUUUUGCCCUCCCUCGCUCCCGCCCGUGUGACGGCGUGUGCGUGGCUGUUUGGGCGGGUGUGGUGUUGAUUACUGGUUGGGCUUUAAGUGCGGGCGGGUUGUGAGUGAGUCAUGCGGCCCUCACUAAGUGUAUUGUGGGCUGCGGUAAGAUAGCCAGCCCUGUCAGUCAUUCGUUGCACUACUAGCAUCAUCUCAUGGUCCAUCAUCUUUUUUCCUGUUGCUGUGCCCGCCCACGCCCGUGGGCUGAGCAAGCGACUGCAUCGAUCCAUCUUACCCUCACUCUCCUCUUUGUGCGUGUGUGAGGUAUGUGUGUCUGCCUAAAGGUCUCGGUGGUUAAAGACAAAAUGGUUGCUUGAAUUAAGAACACUUGGAAGCCGUGUACUAUUAUUUCCGCUCCGCUCCACUCAAGCCAGAAAUGGCUUUGGAGUGGCGCUUGCUUUCCCUCCGGGUAGCCCUGGGGCUCCCGCUGGCCAUCGUGUUGCUCCUGUCACUCGCUGCGGCCGCUGCCUCGGAGGACGCGCAAACAACGGUCACCGUAAGAGCGCUGCAAAGUGACGUCGUGGACGCCGAGGAACUCAAGAAGGAGAGGAGCCACAAGAAAAGCCGCGGCAAGGCCAAGAAGAAGAGAGAGAAAAAGAAAGUCAGGGAAGAUGACGACAAGGCGGAGGACCCGAGUUCUUACGUGGAGCUUCCUGGGGAGCGGGUGAUGCUGUGGCACAAGAUGACGUUCGACCUCACCGGCCCAGAGGUCGACGAGAUGGACGAUGAGAACCCCUUCGAGGCCUACCGCAUCGACCUCAAACUCACCCACAAGGACCUCGACAAGCCCCUCAAGGUGCCCUGCUACUUCGCUGCCGACGGCGAUGCGGCCGAGACGUCUGCCACGGGUGGCGACCAGUGGCGGUGCCACUUCAUGCCCAUCAAGACGGGCACCUGGAAAUACAAGCUCAAGUUCACGCAAGGCGACAGGGUGGCCGUGGACAAGAAGCAGGAGGGGGAGCCGGCGGGCUUCUUCGACGGCGCGAGUGGGGCGUUUGAGGUGCUCCCAAGCGACAAGAAGGGGAAGGACAGUAGGAGAAUGGGGCUGCUGCGACACGUGGGAGAGAGAUACCUCAAGUUUGCGGUGGGUGAGAUAUGGCUGAUGGAUGGAUGGAUGGCUGAGAGAAAGAGCCUUCGUCUCUUUCUUUCUGUUGUGUCGUGGCCUGCAGGGCACUGACGAGUAUUUCAUCAAGGCGGGAGUGGACGGGCCCGAGAACCUGCUGGCCUACGAGGGCUUCGACAACACGCCCAACUACCUAAACCUCAGGAAGACCUACCCCAAGCACAUCGAACACUGGAAAGAGGUACAUGCACAAUCACAGCCCCACAAUGCACACGGCACCCCUCAAGUGUGUUUGUCGAUAUCUGUCUGCCUGUCACGUGCCUCCCUCGCUCAGGGUGACCCGACGUGGCAGGGCGGCAAGGGCAAGGGCCUCAUCGGUGCGCUCAACUACCUCGACUCUGUUGGCCUCAACGCCUUCUCCUUCCUCACCUUCAACGACCAGGGGGACGACAGAAACGUCUUCCCAUAUGUCACGGUCGGUCACACGACCUCCAUUCAUCCGGACAGCCCCUUGACGCUGUGUGUGUGUGUGCCUCGAUUGGCCGAUGCAGGCAAAGGAGCUGGGUCGUUUCGACGUGAGCAAGCUGGCGCAGUGGGAGAAGGUGUUUGAGCACGCGACCAAACUGGGGCUGACGAUGCACUUCAAGACGCAGGAGGCCGAGAGCAUCAAGAUCCACGGCAAGGAGAAGCUGGAGGACUCGCGCAGGCUCUACUACAGAGAGCUGCAGGCGAGGUUCGGACACCAUGCCAACAUCAUAUGGAACAUCGGUAUGUGGGCGGCCAUACUCGCAGCGACCAUCUGUGCAUGUGUGUGUGUGUGUGUGUGUGUGUGGAUUUGUUGGUGUCGUGUUGCGUGUCAGGUGAGGAGACGACGAUGCCGGUGGAGGCCAUCCGUGAUUCGGCCGAGUACUGGCGGUCCAUCGACCCCUACGAGCACCCGAUGGUCGUCCACACCCACUACCCACAGAUAUGGGAGAAAUACGUACCCCUCAUGGGCGAAAACUCGCCACUGUGAGCGACAUUCACCACACAACACCAUACAAAACAGAAAGACAAACGACUCGCCACAUAUGGUGUGUCCACUGCAGUGACGGCCCAUCGAUGCACGCCCGUGAGCCCUUCGGCGUCAACAACCUGACCCGUGCGCUGGUGAGGAUGUCCCAUGAGAAGGGCAAGGCGUGGGCGGUCAUGAACGACGAGCAGGGCCCCUGGUACAAGGGCGUCCUGCAGGACGCACACGACCCCGACCACGACGUGCUGCGCCAGCAGCUGGUGUGGGGCAACCUGCUGGCCGGCGGGGCGGGCUUCGAGUUCUACUUCGGGUGGGGGUGGAACAUCCACAAGAUGGCCAACGAGACGCAGGUCAAGCACUCGUUCGAUGACGACUCUCUCAAUGUCGAGAAGAAACCGCCCCCAGGCAACCUCAUCCAGACCGGCGAGUCCGGCAAUGACGAUAACGGCGACGGCCAACUCGACGACCUGCCGGCUCUCGAGAGCUUAGCGUCGCUGGAGGGUGACAGAGACAAUGCCCCCGUGGCGCACUCGCUCUCUGGCUGCCCUGAGUGGGUGAUCUGUUCGGCGUGCAGCGACAUUACCUGCGAGGACUUCACCAACCGGCACAACAUGUGGCUGCAGGCCGCCAAGGCCAUCGAGUUCUUCAAGAAACCCAUCAAGUUGCCGGCGUCAAUGGCCUCGCAAGUCGGCCCUUACGACAGCAAUGGCGGCGACGAGAGCGCCCUUGACUACCGCCUGCCGUUCUGGGCCAUGUGGGACGACAACAACAUCACAGCGGCCGAGGACGACUUCGCUUUGGUCAACGACGACACGUACCUGAUCAUGACGCCCACAAGGGAGAAGAGUGCCCUCUCUUUGGCCCUGCCGUCUGGCCGCAACUACGCCGUUGCGUGGUGGAACCCCAAAGAGGGCGGGCCACUGGUGAGCGGCGAUCAUGUGGACAUGCCCGCCCUCAGCGCAGCCGGGGAAGGGGCGGGGAGCACGGCAGCCUCAUCUCUUGUGGAGCUCCCCUUCCCACAAGAGAUGAUGGUGACCAGCAAAGAGGGAGAGAUGAAGCACCCGGCCGAGUUCGUGGCGCUCGUAAGGGCCGUGCCGGAUGGAUAGACAGACAAAGAGGAUGGAUGGGCGUGCUGUGUGGAAGACGGCGGGCCUUGCGCGCGUGUUUGUGCGUGUGCGCCUGCCUGCCUGCAAUGGUGGUGCACGUGUCUCCACCUGUUUUUGUGAAAUCCACCCAUACUUGAAGUGUCAGGUAGCUGAGCUGUGUGAAGGAGCAUGAUUACACAGUCUGUUUGCAGCCUUCGGGUCGUCCGUAUUUAGCCAUCGGUUCUCUCGUAGGGUCUCGUAGGGCCUCAUAUGUGGCUGUGUCGGAUUUCUCUAUUUGUUCACUCGUUUUGUUGGAAUUGGGGCUGGCGGAGCCAAGUGUCUGCCUCUGUCCUUGUCGUAUUGAUGAGUCUCACGAUGCAUCGGUACGGGUGUGGGCGGGAGGGUGUGCAUAAAUACGGCCAUUUUGUGUGCGGCGAACUGGUGUGCACGUGUAGGCCUCCAAUUCACGUAAGUAGCGUU